AUGGCCGAGAUUCAAUCUGAACACACGGAGCAAACUUCAGAUGGGUUUGAAUUAAUAAGUGAUGAGCAUCCAACAGGUGAACGGUGGGAUCCUUUAGGGGGAAACGAUAUCGAUAACGAAGUAGAAAAUAUAACACAAAGUUUCUCAUCAUUAUGUUCCUCUCAAUGUUUUCCUUUAGAAAGGUUACGAGCUUUAGAAGAAGAACAAGAAGUAUUAAAUGCAUCGUUAUUACAAUUAACUACACAUUUUGCGCAAGUUCAAUUUCGAUUGCGUCAAGUAGUUGACGCACCCUUGUCGGAAAAAGAACAUUUACUAAAAUCAUUAGAAGAAUUUGCAUUUCGUGGUGUUACUGAUUCAACUACAUCAACCCCGAAGAAAUUAAGUCACGAUGCUCAAUUCGAUCGGCUUGCACAACGGCAUAAACAAUUAGAGUUAAUUGAACAAUUAAAAUCACAGUUAACUGAAUUAGAAAAUUUCACGUUUAAAUCCAAAGAUGAGGAAACUGCAACGCCAGAAUUCUUUUUAGAAAAACAGCGUGUAUUAAUCGAUGAAUUAAAACAUAAAAUUAAUGCUGAUAAUCGAUCAGACGGGGAUGGCGCAUCGACGGCAAUCACACCCUUAAAAAUGAAAGAACAACUAAUCAAUCAAUUUAAAACGCAAAUUGCUGAUUUAGAACGAUUUAUUCAAUUUUUACAAGAAGGUACUCAAACUUCUAGCACACAGUGUACAUGUUCGUGUCCUGUCCAUGGCGUUCAUAACACAUUAAAUUGCCACCAUUCAUCUUCAUCCAAACCGCGAAGUAUGCACGAUGACGAAGUCAAAAGCCGUACAAUUGGUAUUAUGAAGAAAGCUGCAACUUUGUUACAAAUGUUUAUUGUCAUGCAAUUUGGUUGUGGUCCAAAUGAACAUUUCCGUCGAAAUGAUUUAAAAACGUGCUACAAUCAUUGGGGUGAUUUGAGAGCACGUUUAGAAUUAGCGGUUGCAAGAAUUGAGGAAUUAUGUCAAAAUCAAUCUAACGAUGACCACCAAUCAUCUCAAAAUGAAUAUUUUAGUGAUCAUGACGAUUCAAAAAAUCGGUUAGUUACAGCAGUUCGGAAACAAUUAGCUCCAUCUAUAUGCGAUCUCCUUCAACAUGGUUUAAUUGAACAAUUCGAGCGAACUAGUGUUGUACCGGUUAUGAUGUGUUUUGCAGCACGGCAAGCUGAAGAAACUCCACGAAAAAUGCAUCCAUGGCAAUUAAUAUUACAAUAUUAUGAAUUAAAGAAUGGACAACGAUAUAAUACAACACCAGCGCGUAAAUUAUCACAAAGUUUUAAUUUAGAAUUAGCAGACAGUCAUAGCGUAUCACAUAAACAGAAUUUACUAUUUACAAUUGGUUCAAUAAUUGCCACACAUAGUCAAUAUAAACGCAGUUACGAUGCACAUUUUAAGGCAUUCAUAUGUGCGGCAUUAAAUUCGAAUAAAUUAGUUAUAUGGCUUAGUUUAAUUUUACAGUGUAAACAUUUAAUUUUAAAUCAUUAUCACACAUGGAGUUAUAUUAUGAAAACUGGAUUUAAUGAUAGUUUACAAUCCUUAGAUAGAUUAACACAAUAUAAAUUUGAUUUACCGGUUGAUUUGGCUGUACGACAUUUUCAAAAUAUCAAAGAUUUACAAUGA